GUGAGGACGCUUUUUUGUGUGGGGCGCUUGAAAGGUCUUUGGGAAUCGUCCUAAGGCCCCAGUCUUGGUCGUAAAACGAUUCCCUUGUCUAGAUCAAUGCUCCAAGAUGGCCGGGAUGAGCUCACGACUGAAUCUCACGCCAAGAGAACAUUGGAUAAGCAGGAUGAGUUUAACAGCCUACGUAUCACCAUCAUAUGCCUGGGAGAGGUCUUGGAGGGGAUCCACAUCACAAUGCCUUACACGAUGGCCGCAUAUAUGGUUAGAGACUUCCUGCGAGGGGGCAAUACCGAUGCCCAGGUAGAUGAAGAGACGGUCGGCAGGCUCACCGGGAUCUUGGCCUCUGUUUUCUGUGGCGCUCAGUUUCUGACCUCGUACAGUUGGGGUGUCUUCUCGGACAAGUAUGGGCGCAAGUGUGUGCUACUCAUGUCGAUCAUUUCGGGGUGUAUUUCCGCCAUCAUCUUUGGCUUGUCUGGCAAUUAUGCUAUGGCCUGCUCAGCAAGGCUCUUUGGGGGGAUCUUCAACGCAACUGGAGGGACUGUGAAGGCCAUGCUGGCUGACAGCUGCACGAAUAGAACGCUGCCAAGGGCGCUGGGAUACUUGGGUCUUGCGUGGGGAUUGGGGAGCAUGCUUGGCCCGAUGAUUGGAGGAGCCUUGUCCUACCCCUGCAGCAUCUUCCCAAGCUCUGCCCUGUGCCAAGGGAACGAUGCCCUGUUCCAGCGCAGGCCCUUCCUGCUUCCCUGCCUGUUUGCUGCGACCAUGGGCCUCAUCACUGCCAUGCUCAGCAGCUGCAUCCUGGAAGAGACUCUGCCAACGCUGCGCCGGAAGCCCAAGCAGAGGGGGGAUGUGGAGAUGGCGCAGAUAGGGGGCGAUGUGGAGGAGGCCAGGAAGCUGCUGAGCAAGGGCGCCGAGCGCAUGCGGCGGCCGUCCGCGCGCUCCUUCCUGGACUAUCAGGACGAAGAGGGCUCCGACAGCGAUGCCAGCCUCGUUCUGGAAGGGGCCGAAGAGGACGGGGCAGUGUUGACGCUAACGGCCGUGCCGCCAUCGCCCCGUCCAAUCAUUGUGCCAUCGCCACUCCCUGGAGGUUCUACCGCAUCAACUCCCCGCUACACUGCUGUGAGGAGGGAGGAAGACCCUGAACUGGGCAGCGCACAGGCUCUUGCUGACAUCACGAACAAACGUAGUAGUGCAGAUGCGUCGAGCAAGGACGGCUCGCGGGAGGGGCAUGGGGAGUGGCAGCAGGAUGCGGCUAGCAGGCUGAGCGCCGAUGAGCGGAGAUGGGGGGAGGACCAAGGGCUGUUGUCCAGCAGCCAAGCCAGCGCGGCCCCUGCUGAGCGGCCCUGGUACCAUGACCGCCAGGUCUUGCUGGCACUGGCGAGUUAUGGCGUGGUGGCGUUCCUGUUCAACCUGCUGGACGAGGUGCGGCCCAUCUUUGCGUCGGCGCCCAUCAGGGACGGCGGUCUGGGCAUGUCCACCCACCUGCUCUCCUGGCCGCUCUCCUUUGGCGGGCUCUCGUUCAUCCUCUUCGUCUGCCUGGGCUACGACAGGUUCUACAAGGCGGUGGGGGGAGUGUGGUGCACGCGGUGGGGGAUGGUGCUGAUCAUUCCGACCGCCCUGUUUGUGCCGCUGGCCACGCUGUUCGCGCACAAUAAAGUCGCGGUCAUGGCGCAGCUCUUCCUGGCCAUGGCUGUCAACUCCAUUGCCGAUACCUCCGCCUACAGCGGCUCCAAUGUCAUUAUAAACGCGGCCGCGCCUCCGGGCGUGGCAGGAGCGGUGAAUGGUGCAGGGCAGGCCGUGUCGGCGCUCAUGAGGGCCUUUGGACCAUUUCUGGGCGGGCUUGCCUGGAGCUUAUCUAUUCAUGUCGGCUUCCCUGGGCACCAGUUCUUGGUCUUUGCUGCUGUAUCCCUGAUUGCCUUCCUCUACCAGUUCACCUACGCUUGGGUGGACCUGCCAAACCUUGACAAGUGA